AUGAGGAAUACCGAGGAGACGGAAGGAUUUGAUGGCGAGGCCUCCAAUACUUCAAUGAUAUCAGGGGCGAGUAGCCCAUAUCAGCCGACCACCGAGCCUGUACAUUCUAGAAACGUUCUUGGGGGCAUCAGGUGUGACAUGGAGUAUCUCAAAUCCCACUUCGGGAUAUUAAAAGCAGUCGAAGUGGCUCUUGCUCUUAUUGCCUUCAUCUGUAUUGAAACCAUCACAAACUGCUCGCCGUGUGGUGCCAUCUACCUCUUUGAGUUUGUCAGCUGCAGUGCCCUCAUCGUCACUGGUGUCCUGCUUCUCAUCUUUAGCUUGAACUUGCACACCAAAGUGCCGCACGUCAACUGGAGCCUGACGGACCUGAUCAACACUGCCGUUAGCACAUUGUUCUUCUUUGUGGCGUCUGUGGUCCUGGCUGCAAUCAAUCACAAAACUGGAUCAGAGAUAGCAGCAUUGAUCUUUGGCUUCUUGGUAAUGUGCGUGUAUGGUGUGAAUGCGUUCCUGGCAUUGCGUCGCUGGCGUAUGGGAGAUGCUCACUCAGGACCUCUUCAGACCAACGAGUACAUCCGUGCCCGCACCGCCUCGCGCGGCGAAGUCGAGGCUCGUCCUGAGCUGCAGUGA